AUGGCUGCUGUGAGCGGAGUCAGCAUGAUGCAGCCUGCCCUGACCCUCAGCAACAUCUCGGUGGCCCCCAGUCCCGGCCCUGACACUCGGGGCUGUGAGAACGGGGCCCUCAUGGACUCUUUUGGGAUCUUCCUGCAGGGUCUGCUGGCCAUGAUGGCCUUCAGCAUCCUCAUGUUGAAACGUUUUCGGGAACCCAAACACGAAAGACGACCCUGGAAAAUUUGGAGCGUUUGUGUCCCUCUGGUGGAGCCUCUGGUGGAGCCUCUGGUGGAUCCUCUGGUGGAGCCUCUGGUGGAGCCUCUGGUGGAGCCUCUGGUGGAGCCUCUGGUGGAGCCUCUGGUGGAGCCUCUGGUGGAGCCUCUGGUGGAUCCUCUGGUGGAGCCUCUGGUGGAGCCUCUGGUGGAGCCUCUGGUGGAGCCUCUGGUGGAGCCUCUGGUGGUGCCUCUGGUGGUGCCUCUGGUGGAGCCUCUGGUGGAGCCUCUGGUGGAGCCUCUGGUGGAGCCUCUAGUGGAGCCUCUGGUGGAGCCUCUGGUGGAUCCUCUGGUGGAUCCUCUGGUGGAGCCUCUGGUGGAGCCUCUGGUGGAGCCUCUGGUGGAGCCUCUGGUGGAGCCUCUGGUGGAGCCUCUGGUGGAGCCUCUGCCUCUAGUGGAGCCUCUGGUGGAGCCUCUGGUGGAGCCUCUGGUGGAGCCUCUGGUGGAUCCUCUGGUGGAGCCUCUGGUGGAUCCUCUGGUGGAGCCUCUGGUGGAGCCUCUGGUGGAGCCUCUAGUGGAGCCUCUGGUGGAGCCUCUGGUGGAGCCUCUGGUGGAUCCUCUGGUGGUGCCUCUGGUGGAUCCUCUGGUGGAUCCUCUGGUGGAUCCUCUGGUGGAGCCUCUGGUGGAGCCUCUGGUGGAGCCUCUGGUGGAGCCUCUGGUGGAUCCUCUGGUGGAUCCUCUGGUGGAUCCUCUGGUGGAGCCUCUGGUGGAGCCUCUAGUGGAUCCUCUGGUGGAGCCUCUGGUGGAGCCUCUGGUGGAUCCUCUGGUGGAGCCUCUGGUGGAGCCUCUAGUGGAGCCUCUGGUGGAGCCUCUGGUGGAGCCUCUGGUGGAUCCUCUGGUGGUGCCUCUGGUGGAUCCUCUGGUGGAUCCUCUGGUGGAUCCUCUGGUGGAGCCUCUGGUGGAGCCUCUGGUGGAGCCUCUGGUGGAUCCUCUGGUGGAGCCUCUGGUGGAGCCUCUGGUGGAGCCUCUGGUGGAUCCUCUGGUGGAUCCUCUGGUGGAGCCUCUGGUGGUGCCUCUGGUGGAGCCUCUGGUGGAGCCUCUGGUGGAUCCUCUGGUGGAGCCUCUGGUGGAUCCUCUGGUGGUGCCUCUGGUGGAUCCUCUGGUGGAGCCUCUGGUGGAGCCUCUGGUGGAGCCUCUGGUGGAGCCUCUGGUGGAGCCUCUGGUGGAGCAUGGUGGAGCCUCUGGUGGAGCCUCUGGUGGUGCCUCUGGUGGAGCCUCUGGUGGUGCCUCUGGUGGAGCCUCUGGUGGAGCCUCUGGUGGUGCCUCUGGUGGAUCCUCUGGUGGAUCCUCUGGUGGAGCCUCUGGUGGAGCCUCUGGUGGAGCAUGGUGGAGCCUCUGGUGGAGCCUCUGGUGGUGCCUCUGGUGGAUCCUCUGGUGGAGCCUCUGGUGGAGCCUCUGGUGGUGCCUCUGGUGGUGCCUCUGGUGGAUCGUCUGGUGGAGCCUCUGGUGGAGCCUCUGGUGGAGCCUCUGGUGGAGCCUCUGGUGGAUCCUCUGGUGGAUCCUCUGGUGGAGCCUCUGGUGGAGCCUCUGGUGGAGCCUCUGGUGGAGCCUCUGGUGGAGCCUCUGGUGGAGCAUGGUGGAGCCUCUGGUGGAGCCUCUGGUGGUGCCUCUGGUGGAUCCUCUGGUGGAGCCUCUGGUGGUGCCUCUGGUGGAUCCUCUGGUGGAUCCUCUGGUGGAGCCUCUGGUGGAGCCUCUGGUGGAGCCUCUGGUGGAUCCUCUGGUGGAGCCUCUGGUGGAGCCUCUGGUGGAGCCUCUGGUGGAUCCUCUGGUGGAGCCUCUGGUGGAUCCUCUGGUGGAGCCUCUGGUGGAGCCUCUGGUGGAGCCUCUGGUGGAGCCUCUGGUGGAUCCUCUGGUGGAGCCUCUGGUGGAGCCUCUGGUGGAGCCUCUGGUGGAGCCUCUGGUGGAUCCUCUGGUGGAUCCUCUGGUGGAGCCUCUGGUGGAGCCUCUGGUGGAUCCUCUGGUGGAGCCUCUGGUGGAGCCUCUGGUGGAGCCUCUGGUGGAGCCUCUGGUGGUGCCUCUGGUGGAGCCUCUGCCUCUGGUGGAGCCUCUGGUGGAGCCUCUGGUGGAGCCUCUGGUGGAUCCUCUGGUGGAGCCUCUGGUGGAGCCUCUGGUGGAGCCUCUGGUGGAGCCUCUGGUGGAUCCUCUGGUGGAUCCUCUGGUGGAGCCUCUGGUGGAUCCUCUGGUGGAGCCUCUGGUGGAGCCUCUGGUGGAGCCUCUGGUGGAGCCUCUGGUGGAGCCUCUGGUGGAUCCUCUGGUGGAGCCUCUGGUGGAUCCUCUGGUGGUGCCUCUGGUGGAUCCUCUGGUGGAGCCUCUGGUGGAGCCUCUGGUGGAGCCUCUGGUGGAGCCUCUGGUGGAGCCUCCGGUGGUGCCUCUGGUGGAGCCUCUGGUGGAGCCUCUGGUGGAGCCUCUGGUGGAGCCUCUGGUGGAGCCUCUGGUGGAUCCUCUGGUGGAGCCUCUGCUGGAGCCUCUGGUGGAGCCUCUGGUGGAGCCUCUGGUGGAGCCUCUGGUGGUGCCUCUGGUGGUGCCUCUGGUGGAGCCUCUGGUGGAGCCUCUGGUGGAGCAUGGUGGAGCCUCUGGUGGAGCCUCUGGUGGUGCCUCUGGUGGAGCCUCUGGUGGAGCCUCUGGUGGAUCCUCUGGUGGAGCCUCUGGUGGAUCCUCUGGUGGUGCCUCUGGUGGAUCCUCUGGUGGAGCCUCUGGUGGAGCCUCUGGUGGAGCCUCUGGUGGAGCCUCUGGUGGAGCCUCUGGUGGAGCCUCUGGUGGAGCCUCUGGUGGAGCAUGGUGGAGCCUCUGGUGGAGCCUCUGGUGGUGCCUCUGGUGGAGCCUCUGGUGGAGCCUCUGGUGGAGCCUCUGGUGGUGCCUCUGGUGGAUCCUCUGGUGGAUCCUCUGGUGGAGCCUCUGGUGGAGCCUCUGGUGGAGCAUGGUGGAGCCUCUGGUGGAGCCUCUGGUGGUGCCUCUGGUGGAUCCUCUGGUGGAGCCUCUGGUGGAGCCUCUGGUGGAGCCUCUGGUGGAGCCUCUGGUGGUGCCUCUGGUGGUGCCUCUGGUGGAUCCUCUGGUGGAGCCUCUGGUGGAGCCUCUGGUGGAGCCUCUGGUGGAGCCUCUGGUGGAUCCUCUGGUGGAUCCUCUGGUGGAUCCUCUGGUGGAGCCUCUGGUGGAGCCUCUGGUGGAGCCUCUGGUGGAGCCUCUGGUGGAGCCUCUGGUGGAGCCUCUGGUGGAGCAUGGUGGAACCUCUGGUGGAGCCUCUGGUGGUGCCUCUGGUGGAUCCUCUGGUGGAGCCUCUGGUGGUGCCUCUGGUGGAUCCUCUGGUGGAGCCUCUGGUGGAGCCUCUGGUGGAGCCUCUGGUGGAGCCUCUGGUGGAGCCUCUGGUGGAGCCUCUGGUGGAGCCUCUGGUGGUGCCUCUGGUGGAGCCUCUGGUGGAGCAUGGUGGAGCCUCUGGUGGAACCUCUGGUGGUGCCUCUGGUGGAUCCUCUGGUGGAUCCUCUGGUGGAGCCUCUGGUGGAGCCUCUGGUGGAGCCUCUGGUGGAGCCUCUGGUGGAGCCUCUGGUGGAGCAUGGUGGAGCCUCUGGUGGAUCCUCUGGUGGAGCCUCUGGUGGAGCCUCUGGUGGAGCCUCUGGUGGAGCCUCUGGUGGAUCCUCUGGUGGAGCCUCUGGUGGAUCCUCUGGUGGAGCCUCUGGUGGAUCCUCUGGUGGAGCCUCUGGUGGAUCCUCUGGUGGAGCCUCUGGUGGAGCAUGGUGGAACUACAAGGGUCUAUUGA